AUGGCCAGGGAAGACUCCGGGUCCUCUGAAAGCGAGGAGGAAAUUGAGGACAAAGAGUCGCUGGAUGACAAGCUGAAGCGGAUCACCCAGCUGGGAAAGGAGGGCAAUGUCGAGGGGCUCGUGAAGGAGGCGAAGUUGGCAGAUUGCUCGCCGGAGAUGGUCUCCUUCGCUUCUCGGAAAGCCAAGGACCUGGGCAACUUGGCCUUCCAGAAGAAAGACUAUGAGCAAGCGCUGGAGUACUACGCGGGUGCCCUGCUCGGGGAUGUCCCGGAGAAGUACAAAAUCUUCAGCAAUCGUUCUGCCUGCCAGUUUCAGCUGGGGAGAUACACCGAGGCCCUGGUGGAAGCAACCAAGGCCAUCAAGGAGAACAGAUCUUGGUCCAAGGGCUACUUCCGUGCCGGUCGAGCUGCUUUGGAGAUGGAGUACUACCAGGAAGCCUUGGAGAUGUUCGAGAAAGGCUUGGAGAAGGAGCCGAGCAACAAGGAUCUGGUCAGCUGGGCCCAGAAAGCCAGGGACAUCCGAAAUCAGCACCAGCAGGAGAAGCUGGUCAAGAAACACACCACCGACUACUCGAAGUUCGAUUCCCUGAUGCAGCAGCAGAAGGAGGAGGAGGAUGAAGAGGAGGCCGCCAACGACCCAAAUAGAAUCAUCCUCGGCGACAAGUACUACUCCUCUUCGAAGAUGGAGCAACGGCAGCUAAAGGCUAUGCUGGGCUACAAGGAGCCUCCGCCCCCGCCCUUCGAGCCCAAGUUCGACAUGGAGGUGAUUUACAGGCACGACAACCGUGGAGCCAAGACGCAGCAUCCUAUCUGGGACCCAACGACUCGUGAAUGGCGCAUAGAUGCCAAGCCGGCACCUAGCCGUGUCGACUAUAGUGACUCCCAGCAAGCUCAGGCCAUCGCCCUGUUCCUGGAGAGGCAGACCGAGGUUCAGCAUGUGGACGAGAUGCUGAACCUCGUGGAUCAGCAUGCUUCCCCUGUGAACGCCUACGUGAAGGCCGUGCGGGAGGUCGUGGGGCAGCUCAUGGGUGCCACCAAGGAUGGCGUCCGCCAGAAGCACAACAUGCUGGGGAACGAUGCUCGGUGGCUUUUCGUCGGCCUUGGAUGCGCCCUUCCGUUGCUGACAGCGGCCCGGUAUCUGCCGGCAUCGGAGAUCGUCGCAAACACGGCGCAUCGUGCCGCGUACAUCGCUGACCUGUACAUGACCAUCGCGAGGGAGAAUGGCCUGAAGUCACAGCAGGUGAAGUUCGUGCACCGACCAUCCCACGAGCUUGCGGUCGUGGACCCUGAUGGACAAGAUGAGAACAACUUGACUGGCCGGGUAGAUGUUGCGGUGCUCGACUACGAGCUCUUCGAUCCGGGUCUGAUCGGGAAGGGUGUCUUGGCGAGGGUGAACCACAUUAAGAAGAAGCUGGUGACCUCGGACCACAUGAUCCUUCCAAUGAGCGCGCAGAUUCUUUGCGCGCCCUGCGAGAUUGUGUGCCCGCGGGAGGACGGCCCGGACGGUCUCAACUGGCAGGCUGGCGACGACUCACGCUGGGGAGCCUUCUACGAGGCGGGCAACUUUGACGGGGGCCUCCGUGAGCCGUGGCGCUGCCUGGGGCCUGUUCAUGAGGUAUUUGAGUUCGACUUCACCGAGCAGGAGGUGAAGAUGAACGGUCAGGCGGACUUGAGCUUUGUUGCCAAGGAGGACGGUGUGCUGAACUGCAUUGUCUUCUGGUACAAGAUGGCUUUGACCGCUGACGUCUCUCUGGACCACACUCCCGAGCAGCUCAGGGAGAGUCCAGCUAUCCAUGGCGACUACAAUCGCCACGCAUACCAGUGGCUGCCUGCGCCGCUCCAGGUGUCUAAAGGUGACGAGAUUCAAAUUCGAGCCUCGUACAGCCGUUCUCGCAUACGCUUCGAGAUCAUGAGCCCGGAGGUGCCCAAGAAGCCCAAAGGGGUGGGUUGUCCGCGCUGGCUUUUCCUACGGCUUUGGGACGAACAACGUCUCGAGGCGUUCAGAAAAGCUAUCGAGAAGGCGCUCGAGAAAAUCAUGGAGGCUCGGGAUGCGGUGCCCAAGCUAGACCGGCCGCCGUUGCGCAUUGUGCACAUGGGGGCAGGGCUCGGGCAAAUCUCUAUGCUGACGGCGAGAUGUGCCCGCGAGGCCGGCAUCAGCGAAGAGGAGGUCGAGACCCAUGGCUCCACGGUCGUCGCGCUGGAGCAGAUGCCCAAAGUGGUGAGGCUCGCACGCCGCGUCUUCCGCGAUAACGGCCUCGACCGAGACAUCUUUCUCUGUUCGGAGGAUGUCCGAAAGCUGCCCAGUCAGCCACAGCGCGCGCAGCUGGUGGUGUGCGAGCACUUCGAUCCGGGUCUGUUGGGUGAGGGGAUUCUGGUCCUCCUGAAUGCUGCCCGCAUCAAGAUGUGCAAUGCGUUUGAGCACCAGGUCAUCCCCAGCAGAGCGACCAUCUGGGCUGCUGCCUUUGAGUUCGGGGAGCACCUGAGAAGCUACGAGGGGUUCGACCUCAGCGCCCUGAACCACUACCGAACAGGGUUGAUGACCGACGUGGACACGGCACUGGCCGAGGGCAGUUGCCGGCAGCUCUCCAACGUUUUCGAGGUUUUCAAGUUUGACUUCGAGAAGAACCUCAUGCCAGAUGCCCACUCCAUCACUUUCACUCCCACAGCAACAGGAAAGAUCACGGCCAUCGUGUUCUGGUACGAGAUGCACAUGGACAUGGAAGGAGAUGUCAUCCUCACCAACUGGCCAGAGUCAAUCCCGCCUGCCGACUUCUCCAUGCUGGAGAAAGACCUGCAUCGUGUGGCGCCGCUGCGGCAGGCGGUCUGCAACUUCCAAGGCAGCUACAUUCAGGAGGUGGUCAAGGAUGAGCCAAUCGAGAUCGAUGUGGGCUACCAGCAGGCCUGGCCGCAGUUUGUCUGGCCGGGCACCGAGAUGGUGCAGAGGGACAGCGGCGAGCGGAUCCCCAAGCCACCUCCCAUGCCCAGGCAUCGGUUGUACUUCGAGAAGAUGAAGACCGAGACAGAGAAGUUGGAGCAGCAACUGCAGAGUGGGUUGAUGUACGAUGCAGAGCAGCUCAGUCGGAGGGGACUUGUGGGGAGGCCCCGCAUGGCGCGGCUCCUGGCGGGGCUUUUUUCAGUGCUGGCACUGGGACUUGCUGCCGAGGACUCCGAGUGGUCAACUGUCCGAGUGGAUGGUGACGACCUGCACGAUGUGCCUGGUCAUAUAGACGACCUGAGUGCCGCGUCGCAGGUCGGCCUGAGCCAUGUGGUCUCAUCUCAGGACGUCGCCCUCGAUGCCGGCCAUGUCCAUCAUAUCCAUCACAUCGAUCAUAUCGAUCAUAUCGAUCAUGUCGAUCAUGUCGAUCAUAUCGUAUACAGUGACGAUGCCGACCUUGGCCCGGCCUAUGUGCACAACGACGUGCAUGAAUACGCGACAUAUGGAGGUGACCACGUGACUUCGGGUGAAGCCAAGCCAGACUGGGCACAUGUACACCUUUCACAAGAACCUCUUGAUGCAUCGGAGGUUCCUGCCGAAUGGAUGGACAAUCUUGGUCAGGAUGUACAAGUUGUCCAUGACCACCACAUCAUUUUCGACGACGCCCAGCUCCCGCCGACGAAGGUCCCUCAUGUGGAGCACCUCCAUUAUCACCAUCACCAUCAAGAGGCUCCACCACAGCACGUGUGUGAUGGCCGCGAAGAGCAGUGGGAUGACUGCCCAGAGCAAAGAAGGUGUGUUGCUUGCACGCCAGUUGACUGCCUUUUCACUGAGUGGAGCAGGUGGUAUGAUGGCGCCGACUGUAUCGGCCUCCGAUUUCGACACAGAAGUAUCCAGGUGCGGAACAAUGAGUGCGGCCUGCCAUGCUAUGGAUCCAAGAUGGAGUCCGAGCUUUUGCCAGAGCCGAAGCCAGAAUGCCUGAAGAAACAGCAGGACUGUGUCUUCUCCGCGUGGACUCAGUGGAGCGUUUGCCAGAGCCAGGUGGAUCAGGCGAUACGAGAACGGCACAUCGACCGAGCACCGUUGCACAGCGGCGAGCCCUGUAAGGGUAGCAGCAAGGAGACGCGUCCCUGCGGUGGCCCAGAGCCGAUGCCUUGCCUGUUCUCGGAGUGGCACGAGUGGACCAAGUGCAGCGCAACCUGCGGUGAGGGGCGUCAUACCCGCAUGCGCCGGGUGAAGUCCGAGGACUACCUCAGUGGCCAAACCUGCGACGAUGCCCUGAUGGAGACCAAGGCCUGCUCCGUGGAGUCCUGCCCCUCGCAGGACUGCCAAAUCAGCACCUGGUCGGAGUGGUCACCUUGUGGCCGCCUGUCCCUCCAGAAGACGAGGAGCCGCAUGGUGUUGGUCAGCCCCGAGGGUGAAGGCAUGGGCUGCAACGUUUCGCUCAUGGAGGCCGACGCCUGUGCUCCGCAGGCGGGUGAAGACUGCAUCGUGUCUGAGUGGUCAGCGUGGACUGCGUGUGACAAGUCCUGCCAUGGUGGGCAAACCUACCGUCACCGACGGCUCAUGCGCUACAACAGCUACGGCGGCGCUUGCCCAACGAGCUCCUUGAAGGAGGUGUCACCUUGCAAUACACAAGCCUGUGUUCCCAUCAGCAGGGAUUGUGCACUCGGCGACUGGGACGACUGGAGCGUGUGCUCCCAGGAGACGGGCGAAGGCUUCGCCAAGAGGACACGGGAGCUGACGCCAGCGACGGGGGAUGGCAAGGCUUGCGAUGGAACCACCGUCGAGCUGAAGGCGUGCGAGAUCAAGCCACAGGAGGUAGUGGACUGCCAGUGGGGAGGCUGGCUGGAUUGGAGCGACUGCACCAAGACCUGUGGAGGAGGCUCCAUGCGCCGGAACCGUGCCAUCGAAGCAGCACCGCGGAAUGGUGGUGUGGCCUGCCAGGCCGAAGACAAGGAGGAGGUCACCUUCUGCAACAUCAUGCCGUGCAGUGGCGAGUGUAUCGAUGGCAACUGGAGCUCGUGGAGUGCCUGGAGCGAGUGCAGCGCCUAUUGCGGUAAUGGCUUCCAGAAGCGACGCCGCUCCCUGGCCACGCUGCCCACGGCUUGCGGGGCCAUGCCGGAGGGGCCGCGCGAGGACUUCCGGCUCUGUGACCCGGCCCCGCCCGCCUGCGAGCAGGACCGGGACUGCCGCCUCUCAUUGUGGAGCAGCUGGUCGGAGUGCUCCAAAGACUGUCACGGCGUUCGUGAACGAGUUCGCCACAUCGUCAUGUAUGCUCGUGGCAAUGGAAUUUCUUGCGAUGGCGAGAGCCUCAAGGACAUCGAGGACUGCAACCCUCUGCUCGGCAGUGAGCCGCCUGCCGCCUGCGGGACAGCGCCGGCCCAGGACUGCAUCUUGCAGGACUGGUCCGAAUGGUCCGAGUGCUCGGUCACGUGUGGCGGGGGUGAGCAGCUCCGGAAGCGCACAGUCUUGCAGCCUUCCUCCAGUGGCGGGAGGCCUUGCAACGGCACCCUCACGACCGUGCGAGGCUGUAGCCCAAUCCCUUGCCACGUGGAUGUUGUCAAGGAUUGCAGGUGGGGAGACUGGUCUGACUGGGGAGAUUGCACCCAUUGCGGCGGCCAGCGCACCCGGCACCGAAUCAUUGAGCAGCUCCCGACGCUGCAUGGCAAGUUGUGCGACGAGGAAGAUGCCAAGGAGGUCUCCAACUGCACAAGCUACUGCCACGAUCGGAAGUACUGCGUUUGGUCCGAGUGGAGUGGACGGGAAUGCGCUGAGACAUGUGGAGCCACCACCACUAUGCGGAACCGCAUUCUGAAGUUGGUCGACCUGGCAGACGACUUUCUCUUCGUGGGUGACAAGCAUUCAGGCUGCCUUGGCUCCCAACUUGACGUGGCGACCUGCCCCAGCAAGCAGGACUGUAACAGCGAGUGCGUGCCGGUGGACUGCACCUUUGGGGCGUGGAGCGAGUGGAAUGAGCCAACGUGUGUUGGGCUCUGCGAGCGGCAGCGGGUGGUGAGCCAGAUGAGCAACGAGUGCGGCUCUCCUUGCAGCGGAGCACUACAGGAGACGAAGAAGUGCCAAUCCACCUGCGAGGCUCCAGAGGACUGCCAGGUCUCAGAGUGGACCCAGUGGAGUCACUGUAGCAAUGCAACUGGCCAUAUGGGCGGACAGAGGUACCGCCGCCGGGAUGUUCGCCAGCCUCCCAAGCGCGGUGGCCUCGCUUGCUACGGGGACCUUGAGCAGACCAAGGCCUGCAAGGGAGAGCUCCCGGAGCCUUGCGUGAUGGGCCAAUGGCAGGAAUGGGGCGACUGCAGUACUACCUGUGGUGAGGGCUUCCAGUCACGGGAGCGAAGCAUCAAGCAGCUGGCCGAUGAUGGAGGCACGCAGUGCAACGGGCGCCUGGCCGAGGUCAAGGAGUGCCAUGCAGGCUUUUGGGAAGACUGUGGCCUUGGUAGUGAGCAGGACUGCGAGUUCGAUGCUUGGAGCGACUGGAGUGACUGCAGCUUCGUCAUGCAGCGUGAGCGAUCCCGAGACUUCAAGAAGAGGGCACUGCUUGGUGGGCUGCCUUGCAUGGGCCCCAUGCACGAGCUCGAGACCUGCCACCACGCUCCAGUGGAUUGCGCGGUCUCGGAGUGGACCGAGUGGGACAACUGCGACCGGAGCUGUGGCUCUGCACACGCCCGUCGCCAAAGGCAGAUCACACAGUUCCCGAAGCAUGGCGGCAGCUUGUGCCCGAGUGACCUUGUGCAGAUGAAGGCCUGCCACCUACCAAGCUGUGACCUGAAGGAUUGCCAGGUUUCAGGCUGGUUGGAGUGGGGCCGAUGCUCCGCAUCCUGUGGCCCGGGACAGCAGAGCCGCGUCCGCGCCGUGAUCAACCUCCGCGAGCCCGGCGGCUUCGGCUGCUUCUUCUCUGUCGCCGAGAGCCAGGCCUGCCAAGGCGGAGAUGGCGAAGGCGGAGCCGUCGCCUGUGCUGCGGACUGCGUCUGGGACGAGUGGGAAGACUGGUCCCAGUGCAGCCGUUCCUGCGGCGGCGGGCUCAUGAAACGCAGCCGCCAAGUCAAGACGCUACCAAGCGAAGGGGGCAAGCCUUGUGACGACAAGGACAUGCAGGAAGUGCUGCCCUGCAAUGUUGGCGUGUGCCACGAGAACUGCAUCAACGGCCUCUGGGCUGACUGGGAGCAGUGGUCUCCCUGCAGCCGCACUUGUGGAGGAGGCGUCACCUUCCGACACAGGGAGGUGAAGCGCAUGGCGAAUAGCUGUGGACAUCCGGCCAUCGGGAAUGACAAGGAGACGAAGUUUUGCAACGUCGAUGUGCAUUGCCAGCCUGACAAGGACUGCCUGUACACAGGCUGGAGCAGCUGGAACGAAUGUUCCAGCAGUUGCACGGGCAUCAUGUUCCGGCGGCGGAGCAUCGCUGCCUACGGGCACGGUGACGGCCUCUACUGCCAGGGUGCCUUGCAGGAGGUCUCCCCCUGUAACCCAGCGGAGGGUGAACAAGCGCCCUCUGGCUGUGGGGCUGGGACGGCAGUGGAUUGCGUCCUCAGCGCCUGGAGUAGCUGGGAGGACUGCAGCGCCACCUGUGACGGUGGCGAGCAGAGGCGCCACAGGCAUGUUGUCCAGCAUCCCCACCACGGUGGCCUUGCGUGCAAAGGCACUCUCUUGGACGUCCGGGAAUGUGGCCGUGACCACUGCCACAAUGGUGCUCAUCCCCUGGAUUGUGUCUAUGGCCAGUGGAAGGAGUGGGCGGCCUGCGGACAAUGCGACGGAGAAAGGAAGCGGGUGAGGAAGAUCCUGGUCUACCCCGCCGAGGGCGGCCGCGAAUGCGUUCCAGCAGCUAUGGAGGAAGUGGGCGCUUGCCCGAACCCCUGCGCCGCGGAGCUCGCAUGCUCUUGGCAAAGCUGGUCGGCCUGGAGCUCCUGCUCUGCCAGCUGUGGAAGCGGUGGCAAGCGAAAACGCUCCCGCGAGCUGAUCAAGGUGACUCGGCCCGUAAAUGCGGCGAUGAGCGGCAGCGCCCACCGUCACCUGAUCCAGAAGUACCGGACGCUCUACAGCCGCACACGCAGCUUGGAGGAGGGCCAGAUGAAGGAGGUUGUGCUUGCUUUCUUCGGUGGCUUCCUCGCGCUCUCGGCUGCCAUUGGGCUCGCCGGCGUCCUGCAGCGGCUCCGGCGGCCAGCAGGGAACCAGAUCAUGGUGGCCGAUGCAGAGCAGGCCCUUGCCAAUGCUGAGACCUCCGACGUGGAGGUUCCCUUGGUGGCCUUUGUCUGGAGCCUGGACCUGCGAGGAAACCCUCUCAGGUUCAUCUCCAGGGAUAUGUGGAUCAUUGUGGUUCUUGCCUCUUGGGAAGAGAUGCUGGGCGAUGGCUAUGCCGCGGCCGAGCGUAUUGCACUGGAGCCGAAUGGCAACCCGCACUAUUUGAUUGACCCCAACAACGCCAACUUCUUCCACAUGAUGUUCUUCCUGUGA